CGUACAUGGUGUUGGAUAGCACGCAGCUUCCACACAAUGUGCCUCCUCUUUGGAUAUGUGGUCUCUCGAAGGGGUUUUUAUCACUCCGCCAGAGUAUAAGCAUUUACUUCCAUGUUAUUCACUAGAUGUCAUUAACUUCUUUAAAUAUGCUUCUUCACUCUUUCAGAGUUACUGGAGAAUGUAACCCUAAUACAUAAACCAGUGUCAUUGCAACCCCGUGGGCUGAUCAAUAAAGGAAACUGGUGCUACAUUAACGCUACACUGCAAGCACUGGUUGCUUGCCCUCCGAUGUAUCACCUGAUGAAGUUCAUUCCUCUCUAUUCAAAAGUGCAAAGGCCUUGUACGUCGACACCCAUGAUAGAUAGCUUUGUUCGGCUAAUGAAUGAGUUUACUAAUAUGCCAGUACCUCCAAAACCCAGACAAGCUCUUGGGGAUAAAAUCGUGAGAGAUAUCCGCCCUGGAGCUGCUUUCGAACCUACAUAUAUUUACAGACUUCUGACAGUCAUCAAGUCGAGCCUGUCUGAAAAGGGUCGACAAGAAGAUGCUGAGGAGUACUUAGGCUUCAUUCUAAAUGGACUUCAUGAGGAAAUGCUGAACCUAAAGAAACUCCUGUCACCAAAUAAUGAAAAACUCACCAUUUCCAAUGGACCCAAAAGCCACUUAGUGAAUGAAGACGAGCAGGAAGAACCAGGCGAAGGAAGUGAGGACGAAUGGGAGCAAGUGGGCCCCAGAAAUAAGACUUCAGUCACUCGCCAUGCGGAGUUUGUUCAGACCCCAAUCACUGGCAUUUUUGGUGGACACAUCAGGUCUGUGGUUUACCAGCAGAGUUCAAAGGAGUCGGCCACUUUGCAGCCAUUCUUCACCUUGCAGCUGGACAUCCAGUCUGACAGGAUCCGGACGGUCCAGGAUGCAUUGGAGAGCUUGGUCGCAAGAGAAUCUGUCCAGGGUUAUACCACAAAAACCAAACAAGAGGUAUACUAAUAGUUGAUGUUGAACGUUUGUGCUGAGGCACUCUGGCGUGGUGGAAAGAGUGCAGAAGUAAGAGCGAGGAGAAGUGCUUUUGCAUUCUGCCUCUUAACCCCGUUGCUUAACUGUUUUGGACUGAAAGUUUACACAUUUUUAGAACGAAAUGGUUGAAACAGAUGCUCCUUGCAACCUCCUUUACCUCUAAACCAUGUAACCCGAGGUAAUGAUCGUUGGGAUUAUUUAUCCUGAGGUACAUUUAAUCUUCUGGUAGUCUAAUCAUGAUAUGGAAAAAAUCAGUACUACCUCUAACAGAGGCCAAAUAGCUUCUUUACAUCCCUGAUGUCAUAGAGCUCAGUUUCCCGAGAUUAGUUAGGAGAGAAAAGGGAUUCCAAACAUAGCUAUUUUGCAUUUGAUGGUAGGUCUUCAGGGACAUCAACAAAUAGAAAGUAGCUGUUUUCAUGCCUGUUAGUCUUUCAUUUGAUCUGAAAAGGAUAAAAGUCUGAGUUAAAAGACUCAAACACUAAAAGGUGUUCAGCAGUCAAGGGAAGCAGAUAGUCUCAUGGGGUGUACUUGUCAGCCGAGUCAGGAGACGGGGAGAAUAUUCUGCUCUCGGAGAGGUUACUGGCUCCUGGGGUCCAGAUGUACCAGCUGACGCCUGUUUUCCACUCUGUGGUCAGGGGGGUCUUCUCUGCUGAGAUGGUGCUGGUGAAUGCAGAAAAACGUACUGGGAGGGCAGUGCAGGCUAGCUAGGGGCAGCGCUUGUGUGAACAGUCCCUCGUGUCCCUAGGGAGCUUGCUGUAAGGAGACUGUGUGGCAGCUGAAGGUGCACGAAGAUUGGUUGCUGCCAGCACCUUAUGGAGCUCAGUGGGCCUCCCGUGGCCGAGUGGCUCACACUGGGAGAGCAGAGCGGAGGAGGACAUGGAGACCCUUCGGUCCCUCUGGGGCCUCCUGCUUGGACUGAUCAAGCCAGCCUCUUGGGAGAUCCACACAUAGUUAUGCCUAAUCCUCCACCAUAUUUUCUGACUUGCUUCCCACGGGCGCUUUUGUUUAAAAAAUAAAAGUGGUAGGAGUGAGAGACAGAAUCUUGGCACUUGGCUUAAGUGAGUAAGCUGAGUCUGGCAGUGGAACUUAGAGAGAGUGGGUAUUUGUUUUCAGGGAGGUUGGUUCGUGUGGCUGAGUUGUGUACUUGGCUCAUUCUGUGGCAGCUGUGGCCCCAGAGGUGGUGUCGCUCUCCUGGCCCCCGUGCCUCUCUUCUCGCUUGCUCUCCUGUGGACUCCUGUGGUGGGGGGGUGGGCGGUGGGCGCUCCUCCCGCAGGCGGCUUUCUGCCUUUCCCGGGCUGCCAGGAAAGCCCCCUCACGUGGCGGUUUUCCUCUCACUCUUGCUGCAGUUAGCGGUGGACGUCGGGGAGGGUGCAGAUGAGAUAGAGGUGGAGAGCGUGAGGAAAAGGUGGCUUGUUCUAGAUGGCAGGUGGAGGAAGGAUGCAGGAAAGAAGAGGCAUUUCAGUGGACCCUUGAGGAAGAAAAUGGGCUGUCCCAGCUCCGUGAUGGUGGUGUGUUACCAGAUCAAGAGCAAGAACACUCAGAAAAGCAGAUGUUUGAGAAAGGAAGAUUUUGGACAGUUCGUAUGUGGUGGGGAUAUCUGGAAAGAGCAAGUAUCACAUUUUCUGGAAUGUGAUUUCUUUAAAUUUACUUUUUAAAAUACCCAGUUUAAUAUAUUUAUAUUUUAAGGUCAUAAGAUUUUUUGCUGUGGGAACACACGAUGAAGGUCCGUGGGAACCGUCUACAAGUUUUCUACACUUGCUGUGUAGAAAAGGUCUGGUUUUGUUGGGUGAAGAAUAGUGUGUGUCAGUUUGUCUGGAAACCCAAAACACAUGGAAGAAUUUCAGAUUAGCCACUUAAUGAGUUGCCUGAAAGCUUGAGGUCAGAAUCCUGGGUUGCCAACACUGAGAAGCAUCCCAGAGACACAUUCGUCCAACUCUCGAUUCACAAAUGGGGAAGCUGGAGUCCACUUGUCAGAAUCCUGGUUUUUAACUGUUGAGCUGUAGCCACACUUUUCCAUCAUUCACACGUUCUUGUUGGGUGUGGAGACACCAGGGUACAGACACAGGAUGGGAAUCUGGAGGCGUGUUGGGUGGUCCCACACCUGGGAUCAGAGUCUGGGUGGGAAGCCAGGUGCCCAUUAAGACACCUCCAGCCAGAGGGGUAUGUGGUUUUCUGAAGGCUUUCUUGGUUUUUUAUCUAUGCUGUUAUCUUUUGGAUUGUGACUCAAACAACUAUUUCUAUCAGAAGUAUUCUUCAUGUAAAUACAGGAAACAUCAAAGGGUUUAUAAGUACAAAGAACAGUAAAUAAAGGGAAUAAAUUGUUUGUGAGGAUGCGUUUUAAUGAAAAGCAGCAUUUGUUAGACCUGUGAAAGCAUAUAAGGAGCAUAUAAAUAAAACUGAAACUUGUAAAACUAAUGGUUAGAAGAGAUGGCUUUUGGGUUAUUUAGAACACUUAAGUUGAGGGGCACCUGGGUGGCUCAGUCGUUAAGCGUCUGCCUUCGGCUCAGG